UCCAGGCGUCUGUUGACAUGCCUGUCCAAUUUGCUUCGUCGGCUGAACUAAAAUGUGAUUUUGCAGGAUUUUUUCCAAAACGCGGUGGUGCCGGUGGAUUACUCAUGAUCUGGUGAACAGGUAGAACCACAACCAUGCUGAAAUGGUUUUCUGGAGAGGAGGGAGAGCCCGGCUCUGGAGGUCCAGGCUCUCCCCGCAGUGCUGCUGGGGGGGCCCCGGUUGCCGUGGAGGAAGUGGCGGAGAGGCUGGCUCAAACGGAGCGGCUCGUCACGCAGCUGAAGGAUAUGAUCCGGGAAAAGGACGCAGCUCUCCGGUCCAAGGAUGAGCAGCUAAAGGUGGAGAAAGAGGCGUGUGAGACAAAGUUGUCAAAGCUCCGCCUCCAAAGUAAAGCCAAGGUGACGUCCUUAACGGCACAGUUGGAGGAGCUGAAGAGACGGGGGGACCCUGCCUCUCCAGCUCACAACAAGAAGGCGUCAUCAGAGGGAGCAGAACACGCCAGUCGGGGAAAGAUAGUGUUACUGAAGAAGAAGGUGGAAGAACUAGAACAGCAGCUCGCCCACAGAGACCAGGACCUGGAGAACCAGAGAAAGGAGAUGCAGGCGCUUCUGCAGCGGGGGGAGGAAAUGGAUGCCAUGCUGACAGAGAAAGAGAAGAGGCUGGAAGAGAAGGAAGCUUACAUCGUCCAUUUGCAGACGGGGUUGUCUGGAGAAAAACUCGGCCCGCCAGCGCCAGAACCUCAGCUGGCAGAAGGAGGCAACAGGGGAGCGAUGGAGGAGCUGCAGCUGCUGGUUCAGAGUCUGACCAGGAAGGUGGGAGAAGCCGAGGAGCGCUACAGUUUGCUGCAGGAGCAGACGGACGGGCUCAGAGCGCUGCUGACCUCCGAACAGGAGCAGUACAGCCAGAAGGAGAGCAUGUACAAGCAGAACAUCCAGACGUUCAAAGACAUCAUCCUUCAGAAGGAUAACCAGCUGACGGAGAUCAACCAGAUGCACGAGCAGGAGCUCUUCAAGCUGGCAGCAAAGUCCGAUGCCAGCGCAGACUUGGAGCAGCUUCUGAAGGCCCUGAAACAGAAGCUUCAUGAGAAGGAGGAGGUGCUGCUGGGUAAAACCCAGGUGAUCGACGUUCUGCAGGGGGAGGUGGACAGCAGGGACCAGCACGUAAAGGAGCUGACGGAGCGUCUGCGCCGGCUCCAAGUGGAGCGAGAGAGCCUGGAGUCCAAGAUGGAGGCGGAGAAGCACGUGAUGCGAGCGCAGCUUCGAGACCUCAUGGAGAAGCAGCAGAUGGAGGUGCGGCGAUUGACCGAGCAGCACAACGCGCAGAUGGACCAGAUCCAGCAGGACCUGCUGGGGCAGCUGCAGGACUUGAAGAGGGCCUCGGCGGCGGCAGAAGCCCCCCGUCAGGACGCUGCAGAUCCAGCCUCCCUGCAGCGGCUGGCUGAGCUGGAAGCUCAAGCAAAGCAGAAAACUGAAGAAGCCAGCAAAUCUGACACCAAGUUCCUCAAAAUGAAAGCUUGGUCUAAAUCUCGGAUUCGACAGCUGGAGGAGGAGUUGAAGAAGAGUCAGGCCGGAGCUGCCCCACCUGACCUGAUGUCUCUUCGAAGUCGAAUCACAGCGCUUGAGGAGGAAAGGGAGGAGAUGCAGUGGAAGGUGGAGCAAUACGAGGAGCUAAAAGCACAGAAUGGAAUGCUGGAGGCUAAGUUGGUGUUGUACGAGGAGCAGCAGAGGACGCUGCAAGCAGAGCUGGAGCAGUUCACCAAGAGAGCCGCUUCUCAGGCCAGCGAGUCUGGCAGCGCUGACGACACUCAGAGCCAGGUGCUGGAGUGGCAGGAGAUGGUGGCCGAAGCCACCAGCGCCAAGGAUCGAGCCCGCGAGGAGAAGAUGGCCAUGGCUCUGCGCAUCAGCCACAUGGAGGAGGAGAGAGAGGCUCUGACCACUCGGCAGCAGGAGUUGGAGGAGGAGCUGGCUCACACUCGGGGGCUCGGCCAACACGGAGCCAAGAAGCUGGCGGCGCCGUCCCAGCGAAGCCUGCAGGAGGACUUCCAGUUUGAUGGACAGACCCCCUUCUUGGACGCACAGAGCCCCUCUGAGAGCACGCCGCCUACGGAGGGAGAGAACAUGGGAGGUUGGUGGCCUGAGUACAGUACCCCUGACACAGGUGGCCUCCGGUCGGUGGUGGAGGAGCUGGAGCUGGAGAGGAACCAACUGCAGGAGCAGAUCCUGAGUCUGGAGGAGCACUGCCAGGAUUUGGAGGAUCGCCUGCAGCUGCAGGCCCGGAUCGAAGCUCUGCAGGUGACGUUUGACGUAGAUGAGGAUGAGCAGCCAUGUUGGGUCUCUCAGCAUGAAUCAGAGAAACUCCAGACCCAGCUCGCCAGCGUCCGGAGCCAGCAGAGCAGGGAAGCUGAGAAGCACCAACUCCAGGUGAACAGCCUCACGGAGCAGCUCAAAAGGCUGAGCGACACGCAGGAAAUCCUGGAGGCGUCUCUGAUGGAGAAGGAGAACACGCUGGCAGAGACUUCAGAGAAGCUUGAGCUCAUCAACAGCCUCAAGGACUCUUUGAUGGGAAGAGAGCUCCAGUGCAAGGAGCUGUCUGAGAAGCUGCUUCACGCCGAGCAGGACCUGGAGAACGUCUUCAACAAGCACAGCACCUCUGAGAAACAAUGCAGUGAGCUGAAGGCAGAAGUGGCAGAGCUCCUGCAGAAGCAGAGCGCGCUGAAGGAGAAGGUGCAAAAGCAAGACGCCAUCAUAGAGGCGCUACAGGCGGAGCUGGACCAGACCAAUGAGGAGCUGGACAAGCUGAACACAACCCACCUAGAGGAACGGGCCCAACUCAUCCACGACCUGCAGAGCUGCGAGAGGGAGAUGGAUGCCCUAAAGGACGCUCUGUCAGAGAAGGACAAGGAGAUUUCUGGCCUGGCUGGAAGCAUGGCCGAGUACGCAGAGCAGCUCUCUGCCCUAAAGCAGGACAUCCGGGUCAAAGAGGAGAGCCUGGUCCGGCUGGAGAGCGCUUUAAAGCAGACUGAGCAGGAGACCCGGGUCCUAAGAGAGUCACAGAACUCCGACCAGCAAACUCUCAACAGCAGGAUCACCGAGCUGGUCGGCAAACUGCAGGACGCCGAGGCGGAGUCGCUGAAAACCAAAGAGGAGAGAGAGCGGAAAGAGGCAGAGAUGGAGCAGCUGAUGAAGCAGGCCCAGGAGGACAAGAAGACCAUUCAGAGCCUCCAAGGGGAGAUCCAGAAAGAGGUGAUCAACCAUCGGCACCAUCUCUCCGAAUGCGAAACUCAAAUCUCUUCUCUGAAGGACCAGCUGAGUCAGAAGGUGCAGGACUCGGAAGAGCUGGUUGCACAGCUCAGAGGCACCAAUGUGAACGCAGAGAAGCUGCAGCAGGAGAUGAAGGAGAAGGAGGAGGCGCAUGGAACGGAGCUGAAAGCUCUGAAGGAGGAACAGAACAAACUUCUGGCUCAGAUGGAGGCGUAUAGCAGGGAGGUGCAGCUGUUGUCCCAACAGUUGGAACAGCAAAAGCAAAGCGAGGACAACACUUCACUGCUGGAAGAGAAACUGAAGACAAGUGAGAAACGCUCCGAAGAGGAGAGGAAGGCCUUCAGCACCGAGCUCCGGAGCCGAGAGUCAGAAAAGGAGAGACUGAGCGAAGAGCUGAGGACCAAGACGGACACCAUCUCUGAGCUCAAGAGCCUCUCAGACCGCCUGGUGGCUGAAAAGCAUCGGGCGGAGGAAGUGCUUAAAGAGCUGAAUGAAGAACUUGACCUGCAGAAGCUGAGGGUGAAAGACCUGGACGGACAGAUCUCAUCUGCCCGCCAACUCAACAGCAGCCUGGAGAGCCGAGUGGGCCUCCUCACGGAGCAGAACGAGAGGCUCCAGGUGGAAGCAGAGGAGCGCGCACGGGACGCUACGGCAGAGGUGGACGCGCUGCUGGCCAAGGUGGUGGACCUGGAGAAACUGCAGUCGGAAAAUAACAAAAUCAUUCAAGAGCUGCAAAGAGACAAGGAGGAGCUGACGGUUCAAGCCAAUCAGCUGAAGCAGGCUCUGGAGCAAAACUCGCACGCCGACUCGCAGGUCCUGCAAGCAAAAACCAAGGAGUGCGAUCAUCUGAACCAGUUACUGAAGGAUCGGGAGGAGAAUCUGGUCCAGCUGCAGGACCACGUGCAAAACCUGAGCGGGACUGUAGAGCGCCUGCAGCUCAGCCUCGCUGAGAAGGAGCAAACAGCAGCCGAAACUCAGCAAAAGCUGGAGACCUUGCAGCUUCAGCAAUCCCAGCUGGAGGAGACGCUGUCUCUGCUUAGAGAACGAGAGUCCAGCCUGCAGAAGGCCCUGAUGCAGCAGGAGGAGCGGCUCCACGAGAGAGAGGAGGCCCUGAGGAGCGCACAGCAGCAGUGUCAGCUCCACAAGGAGCAGCUGAACGAGAGAAACGAAAGCUUGAAGGCCGCAAAGAACCAAUUUGGUGCACUGCAAGAGCAUGCUGGACGGCUGGAGUCUGAGGCAGAGGAGAAGACGAUGGAGCUGAGUGCUUUAAGGAGCAGCAUCCAGGCUGCCACAGAGGAGAACCGCCAGCUUCAGGCCGCCCGCCAGGCUCAGGAAAUGCUGCUGAGUCAGCAGAAGCAGGCCGUGUCUGAUCUCACCGAACAGCUCGCAGCCGCCCUGAAGCAGACCUCCACUGUCAGCCUGCAGCUGGGCUGCCUGAGAGAGGACAACCAAAGAUUACAGCAGGAGCUGGCAGCAAACAUCUCAUCCCACUCUGAGCUGAGGCAGAAGGCGGAGGCCAGCUCUGCAGAUCUGCUGGAAAAAACAAACGACUGUGCAAAUCUGUCGCAGAGGCUGAGGGACAAAGAGGAGCAGCUUCUGAGUCUACAGGAGCAGCUGGGUCAGCUCAACGCGGCUCUGGAGGACAAAGACACAACCGUGUCAGAGCAGAGGGCGCAGCUGGAGGUGCUGCAGCAGCAGCUGCUGCAGAAUGAGGACACGGCCUCCAUGCUCCAGCAGCAGGUGGCCGUCCUGAAGGCCGGCCUGAUGGAGAAGGAGGCCAAACUGCAGCAGAUAAGCGAGGAGCAGAGCGCCCAUCAGACCGAGUCUGUGCUGCAGAAAGAGCUCGCGUCAAAGAUGCAGGAGGAAGUGGAGGCGCUCAGGCGGCGGUGCUCGGAGGUGAGCCAGCAGAUGGAGCUGAAAGAGCAGGCUUUAGGACAAGUGACCAAGGAGUUGCAGAACCACAAAGACGAGCUGAAUAAACGAAACGAGUCCGUCGUCUCUCUGAGCACUCAGCUGGGAGCCAUGAACCAGAGUUCAGCCGAGCUGGAGGCAAAAAUCAGCCGCCUUGAUGCCUCCGUUCAGAAACUGUCUGCAGAAAAUCUCCAGCUGGUGCAGGAGAAGGAGCAGACGAGGGCAGAGAUGACCGAAUUCAAAGACCACAUUCAAGCACUGAAUGAGCAGAACGCCGGAUUCAAAUCUGAGCUGCAGAACAUGGCGCUGAAGCUGACGGACGCAGGCCAGCUGCUCACCCAGCACCAGGCAGAAGUCCAGCACAGAGAAGAUCAGCUCAGGGAGAAAGCAGAGGCCCUGAAGCAGCAGGAACUUCUGAUCCAGCAGCUCCACGCGGUGCUGGCUGAGCAGGCGGAGCAGCUCCGACGGGCAGCAGACGAAGACGUUCGCUUACAGAAGCUGAACGCUGAGCUGGAAGACUCGGUCUGCAGACUGCGAGAUGAAGUCCACAGACUGGAGCAGAAGGAGCGGCUAAGUCUCCAACACCAAAGCCAAUCUUCUGCCACCGUGGAGCAUCUGAACUCUUGUCUAGAAGCCAAAGAGACAGAGUGCCUGAGCUUAAAAGAGCAGACUCUACACCUGGAAGAGUCCGUCACGAAGCUCAAAAACCUGCUGCAGGCGCAGGAGUGUGAAGCGCAGAGCCUCAAAAAGACCCUGCAAGAAAAAGAAACGGAACUUCUGGAGCAAACAAAGUCCCUGGAGGACGUUCAGAAGAGAGCAGACGAAGCCCUGAUCCUCAAAACUCGGCUCAAGGAAAGCACUGAAAUGGUCUUGCAGCUUCAGGAACAGGUCCAGGGCUUUUCUGCUGAAAUAACAAACCUCAGAGAGUCUGCAGACAAAACCCAAAGUGCCUUCAGCCACCAGCGUGACGAAAACCACGUGCAGUUGGAGGACAUGAGAGAGCAGCUGGCUGAAAGAAGCCGUGAGGCGUCCAGCCUUCGUGCUCUCUUAGAAGAGGCGAGCAGCGAGCGUCAGGCAGCAGAGACUACAAUACGAACGCUGACAAACCAGUUAUCCGAGACCCGCAACAAGCUGCGGGACGCCGAAGCCUCCAACGCCAGUCUGUCUCAGGAAAAAGAGGAAGCUUUUGCCUCGCACCGCUCCAGCGUUUCCCAGCUGACCGUGGAGAUAGAAGAGCUCCGCUCCCAGCAUCUGCAGGUGGUGGCGCAGAUGAACGCUCUGACGGAAAACCUGGAGCAGAGAGAAAUGGCUCUUCACGCCAUAAACAGUCAGUUCACGGCGCAGGCCAAAAACACCUCUCAGCUGCUCUUAGAGAUGCAGAAACUCCAGGAGCAGAACAAGAAGCUGAGCGCCGAGCUGAGCCUGUCAAAGGAGGGGCAGCAGAGGCUGCAGGCCUCGCUCAGCGACAGAAACCUGCAUCUACGGAGAGAAGUAGAAAAGCUGCAGGCUCAGGUGGAGCAGGGGACCAGCAGCAUGAAGGAAACGGAGUCCGAGAAGAUGAGCCUCCAAGCGCAGGAGAGGCUGGAGGAGGCGUCUGCCGCGGUAAGACAGGGCUCCGAUCUGCUGAGCGCCAAGGAGGCGGAGGCAGCCGCUUCCCGAGCUCAACUCCACCGUGUUCUAGCAUCCAUGCAGGAGGAGGAGAGGCAGAAGCGGAGUCUGCAGCAGACUCUCACAGCCGUGCAACAGGACUUGACGGGGCUGCUCUCAGGAAGAGGCGGAGCCGACGGCGUCACCGACGAGCCCCCGUCCUGCUCGGAAAGCUCUGCCACAGCAGCCCUGCAGGAUCUGAUCAGGCGGGUUCAAGCUGCUCAUCAGGCAGAAAAAGACGCUUUAAGAAGGGAGUUGGCUGAAACGUGCUCACGGCUGCAGGAAGCUCAGACCGGCCUGAACGAAGGAGCCGACAACCUUCAGCAGAUCCCACAUCUGCAGGAAACCGCGGAGCGUUUACGCGCCCAACUCGACGCCGAGGCCGAAAAAGCCAAAGACGUUUCUGCAAAGCUCUCGUCUGUAAAGGCCGAACUGAAAGCGAAGGAGGAUCACAUCAGCUGCAUGACGCUGCAGAGCAGCCAGCAGAAAGAACUGCUGGCUGCUCUGACUCAGCAGCUGAAGGACAAGGACGCAUCCAUCGCACAGGUCAUCGCGGCUGCCGCCAACGAGAGGAUGAAGCUGGAGGAGGACAACCGCUCCCUGCUGGGACAGCUGCAGAGCGUCGAGCAGGCGCACCGCGCCUCAGUCCAGAGGCUGGAAGAACAAGUCUCACACUCCCAACGUGAAGCUGAGAGCAGGAACACCGAAAAGACUGAGCUGACGAGGGAGAGGGAGGACCUUCAGAGCCAGCUUGCAAAGGUGUCCAAAGACAAAGAGGUGACGAAGAAGAAGCUUCAGGCGGCUCUCGUAGUGAGGAAGGAUCUGCUCAAAAGAAUUGAUGAGUACGAAAAACAGAAAGAAGAGAGGAACGAAGCAGCUGCUCAGAUGAUGGAAGAAAAGCUUUCAGCUCUAGAGAGGAGGGUUGAACAGAAGGAGGAAGAGGCGUCUGAGAGCAGUAGACUUGUGGAACGGUUAAUGUUGGAAAAACAAUCUGCUCUGAAUGAGAGGGACUCCAUCAUUGAGCGUCUGCAGUCCAGCGUUGAUGUGGCUUUAGAGGAAAAAACCUGUCUGCAGCGGAGACUUGAAGAGCUCCAACGCGAAAUCAAGACGUGUAAAGAAGAGUUGGCAGAACGCUCUUCCUGUGCUUUGGCGUGUGCGGAUUUGGAAAACGAGCUGGAACGGAUAAAGUUGGAAAAGGCGUCUCUGCAGAAGAAAGCUCAGGCUGCUCUGCUGGCCCGCAAAGAGGCGAUGAAGAAAGCUCAAGAAAGCGAGAAGCGGCUCAUCCAAGAACUCGCAGAUCUAAAAGACGACUACAAGUCUCUUUUGGAGCAACGCUGCCAGCAGACAAAUGAGCUGAACACCGUCCAGCUGAACCUGGAUGAGAAGGUCAAGGAGCUGGCGGAGCUCCACAAAACCUUUGCAUCCCAUCAGGAGGAGCUGGACUCCUUGAAACGGCUGCUGGAAGAGAAGGACAAAGUUCUGCAGGAGCUCCAGCUGUCUUUGGCUGACAGAGAGAACCAGAACCCGUCAGCGUCGGACCUGCAGACCGAGCUGGACGCCGUCAGGGUUCGGUUUCAAAGUGUUUGUCUGGAUGUGGAGAGGAAAGAUGGAGCUCUCAGAGGCUUGAAAUCUGAACUUCACACAGUUCAGACCGACUUGGAGAAAUGUCGAGCAGAAAUCCAGAAGAAGACAGAAGAGAUGGAGAAGAGCGAGGAAUCACUGAGGGCUGUCCAUCUGACGCAGAUUCAGGCCUUACUCCACCAGAAGACCGCUGCAUUGGAGCAGCUGAACAUCUGCCAGCAGCACGCUGAGGCGGACCGGGCGGCUCUUUUAGGGCAGACGCAUCAGCUGAAGGAGGAACGUGACGCUGCUCUGGCUUCUGUCUUGCAGAAAUCAGCAGAGGUUUCCACCCUGAAGGGUUUGCUAGCUGAAGCUCAGAAGCAGCUCGACGAAGAGCUUGAAGGGCGAACGGAAGCACAAACCAAAAUGGAUUCUCUACUGCAGCAAAAUGAGGAUUCUUUCAGACUGAUCUCUGAACUCAGACAUGAGGUUUUCACCCUGAGGGAGGCUGAGAACAGAGAUGGGCCGUGUCCUUCCUGUAAAAACACUGAAGACCAAGCCAAGCAGAAAGAUGAGGCUUUGUUAGCAUCUCAAGCUCAAGUGUUGGAGAAAGAGCAGCUGAUUGCUGCACUGGAGCAGCAGCUGCAGCAGAAAACAAAAAUGCAAGAGCUCACAGCCAAGACGAUGAAAGCAGAUGCUGAAGGGCUUCAGAAAUCUGCAGAAGAUGACAUCAGAACCAACGAGCAGGACAACCGGAACAAGAUGGCCCUGCUGGCCAAGAAGCUCCAGGCAGCGUUGGUUUCCAGGAAGGAGCUCAUGCAGGAGAGCGUCGGGCUGAAGGAGAAGCUGGGGACGCUGCGUGCAGACGUGAAAACAAAAGAAGCCAAGUGUCUGGACCUGGAGUCGGCCGUGUCGAAGCUGAGGCAGCAGAAUGCGGGCCUGGAAAACUCUGUGGCGUCUGUCAUGUCAGAGAGAGACAAACUGAGCACGGAGGUCCACGGCAUCCUGAACGAAAACUGCAGCCUCUCUGCAGCUUGUGACAGCCUGAAGCUGACCAUCGAGAGCAUCACUCAGCAGAAACGAGCCUUCUCCUGCCAGCUCGAGUCGCUCAAAGACUCCCAAACAGAGGAGCUCUCCAAGUGGAAGUCAAAGCACGCAGAGCUGAAGCAGGAGUACGAUUCUCUGCUGCGAGACUACCAAAACCUGGGCGCCGAGGUGCAGGCUUUGGAGAAGCAAGGCCGGGAGGCGGCGGAGGAAAACCAGAGAGCGAAAGAAGAGAUGCACGAGUUGACCCGAGAGAAACAACAGAGGACAGAGGAGCUGCACCGAGAGAACCAGAAGAUCAGGGAGCAGCUUUCUGUCAUCGAUGGAAACCACAAAACAACGAUAAACCAACUGCUAAAUAAAAACCAGCAGCUGGAGGCGGAGCUUAACCAGCUCAGGGGGGCUUCAGCGGAUCUGGGAAGGAAACUAGCUGAGAUGGAAGCAAAAAACAACCAACUUAACCAAAGUCUCCAAGAAUCCAGCCGUUUGUUGGAGGAGAUGAGCUCCAAGUCGGACUCGUACGCAAGAAACAUGCAGUUCAAACUAGACGAAGCUCUCGGUUUAAAUAAUUCUCUGACGGCCCAGAUGGAAGCGCAGAAGACGGAACACGGCGCUCAGCUGGAAAUCAACAAGGUGUUGCAGAAAGAAAAGCAAGACUUCUUGGAGAAAAUGGAAAAGAUGCAAAGAGAUCAUGAACUGCAGCUGAUAGGAAAAGAGGGAAGCAUUAAGGAGCUGAGAGAGAGGAUCAAUGCGCACGAGCAGGAGACCAUCAGCCUGAACGAGAAGGUGAGGAUCUUAGAAGACGAUAAGUCCCUCCUGCAGGAGGAGCUGGAAAACACGCAGGACAUUUCUGACAAAGUGAAAAACGAAAACGAAUAUUUGGAAACGGUCAUCCUGAAGAAUUCAGAAAAGAUCGACCAGCUGACGGAGUCUGUCGGCACUCUGCAAGCCCAGAACGCACAGACGUCUGCUCAGCUCGCCGCCAUGAAGGAGACCUGCGAGCGCCUCCGUCAGGAAAAAGAGCGGCAGCAGCUCAAGAUGGUUCAGGAGUUUGAGGAGAAAGUGAAGACCGUCCAGAGGGGCAACCAAGGCUCCAAAAGUGCCACGAGAGAGCUGCAGGAGCUGCUCAAGGACAAGCACCAGGAGAUCAAUCAGCUGCAGCAAAACUGCAUCCAGUACCAGGAGGUCAUCUUAGACCUGGAGCGAGCCCUGAAGAACUCGCAGUCGGCCCAAGAGCUUUUGGAGAAAGAUCUGAAGAGAAGCUCUGACAGGAUGUCGGUUCUAGAAGAAAAAGCUGCAGAAGUUGAAGCUGAGCUGAAGGCAAACCAGAAGCUCCUCAGAGAGGCUGAUGAGAAGAUUGAAGAGAUGCUCUCUGAGAGGAACCAGCCGGCUCUUGGAGCAUCACUGCACGAGGAGCAGCCAAAGAACCACACAGCGCAUGGAUCAAAAUCACCUGAGAGUGAUGGAGACCCUAACUCGGAUGCAGAGAUUCAGCUCCAGAACCAAAUAGAACAACUUCAGACCUUAAAAGAGGAAGACAUGCAACAAGUGGAGGAGCUGGUGAAGCAGCUGGACUCCAAAGAUCUGCAGAUCAACAGUCUAAGGAGAGCUGCUGAGACCAACCAAGCCAAGCUGCUGGCUUUAUCUUCCAGCCCACAGGGGGCCGAGGCCACCAGACUGUGGAACGAGCUGUACCUGAAGAGCUUACAUGACAAGGACUGCCAGCUCCUGGAGCAGGGCUCCACCAUCUCCAGGUUCCUGGAGGACCUGAGAGGAAGAGACAGGCAGGUGGACGACCUGCAAAUGACCAAAGCCCGGCUGGAAAGGUCCCUCGGCGAGUACUCUGUGGCAGCAGCUGCACAGCAGAGGCAGCUGUUGGUCGUGAGCGCCACCAACGCCGAGCUGAGCCAGGCCACAGAGACGAUGGCGGCGAAGCUGUCGGAGCUCAGGGCUCAGCUGGAGCGGCUGGAACGAGAAAAAACCUUUCUGAGUCGCCAGCUCUCCGACCAGGAAGACGCCGUCUCCCAGCUGCAGCUUCAGCUCCAGCAGACGGAGAAGAUGAAGGCGGACGCAGACGCACAGCUGCUCCUCUUCCAGGCUCGGCACGACAGAGUCCAGGCUGAGCUGGAGAAGCAGGAGGGCAUUUCUCUGCACCUCAAGGCACUCCUCAAGGGCAAAGACGCUGAGAUCUCCUCCCUGCUGUCCUGCAGGGACGGGCAAAUGUCGGGAUACCUGGAGCAACUGCAGGAGAACUAUCGCAGCCAGGCCUCCGUCUAUGAAGACAGGCUGGACUCUUUAGCCCUCCUGAAGGAGCAGGCCAAAAAAGAGAGCAGAGCGCUUGAGGCCAAGGUCAAAAGUCUGCAAAGUCAACUCAGCCGAGCCGUCGGGGAGAAGGAGCAGAUGGCAGCCAAGGUGAAGGCCUUGAAAGACUCCAUGUCGUCUCUGCAGAGCGACCGGGAGCGGCUGGUGUCCGAAAACAGGAUGCUCCAGGCAAAGACCCUCUCCGAGGGGAGGGACGGCUCCGCCGAAGCGGACCCGAGCAAAGGCCUGAAGCACGAGAUCAGGAAGCUGUUGCAUCAGAUGGAUGAUCUGAACUCUGAAAACGCCAUGCUCAGAGCUCAGCUGGUUCGCUACAGAGAGGACCUGAACCAGGUCUUAUCCCUGAAGGACAACCAGGUGAAGGUGCUGCUCAAGAAGCAGCUGGACGUGAUCCGAACUCUGGAACAGCAGAAGACUGCAGCUGAAAAGCAGCACAGGGAGGCCCAGCUGGAGCUCCAAAAGGAAGAAGAGGCAGGCGGCGCUCUGCAAGCGCUAAAUUCCAGACUGAAGGCUCAUGUGGCAAAACUGGAGGCAGACCUUCAGGCUCAGAAAGACCAGCUAACUGUGACGGAUGAAGCCAGAGUUAUCGCAGACCUGCAGGCGUCGGUAGCAGCCAAAGCAGCCGACUGCAACAACCUCCAGCAGCAACUUUCUUCCCAGAAAGUCCUGACGGAGGAGCUGCAGGAGAAAAUACUUCUGCUGGAAAAGGAAGCUCUCAGAAAACUGGCCGAGGCGGAGAGAAGGAACGAGAACGAGUUGAACACUUUGGGGCGCGAGGCGGGACUCAUGAGAAACGAGUGUGAGACUGCCGCCCGAAGGGUGGCAGAGCUCUCCAAAGAGCUGCUCCACACGGAGCAGCAGCUAUCGGAGGCGCAGGGGCAAAGCAAAGACGCCACAGCUCAAAAGCAGGCUCUGUGCAAAGCCAUGGCUGCUCUGCAGAACGACAGAGACCAGCUCAUCCAGGACUUCAAGAUCCUCAGGAACCGCUACGACGAGGAGCUCAGAGAGGCCCGGGCCGCCUUGAACAAGGCUGAGCUCCGCCUGAACGAGGUCUCCUCAGACCUGGCUGUCCUCACCAAAGACAGGGACAUCCUGGCUUAUAAACUAAAGGCAGUGGAGAGCAAAGACCCCCCCUGGGAACUGGGCAGGUUGUUGGACGAGGUGUCCAAGGCCCUCUCGGAGAAGGAAGGAGAGCUGAAACGAGCGGUUCUGGAGAACGCCGCCUUCAGCCGGCAGCUGUCUGCGUUCUCAAAGUCCAUGGGCAGCCUGCAGAAUGACCGCGAUAGGCUGAUGGACGAGCUCCACGGGGCCAAACGGGCCGUGGAGCUCAGGCAAAGGUCAAGUCCAGAAGCGGGUUUGACCCCGAGCGUAGAGAAAGCCGCAGCAGACAGAGUCCAGGAAAGUGAGGAAGCUGGGCCGGAAGGGGAGCUGGGGUCUGAACUGCAACAGGAAGUCCACCACCAGGUCACAAGCAACCAGGAGGAACCUGCAGAUCUGAGGUCUGAAGCAGAAAGAGGGAGGGGCCUGCAGGUUCAGCAGAAAGGCGUUGCUGUCAGCGGACAGAGUGAGUCGGCGGAUGUGGUGAGUCGUCUGGAAGCAGAGAGGAUGCAGCUUCACAAAGAUCUACAGCGCUGCGUUUUUGAGGUCCAUCAACGGGACCAGUACCUCCAGCAGCUCAACAUCAAGCUGCAGCAGACGGUGGAGGAGAAAGCGUCGGUUUCUGUUCAGCUGAGGGCCGUUUCCCAAACCCUGAGGGAAACCCAGAACCACUGCCUACGGCUGGAAAACCAGAUCCAAGGCCGGGCUCAGAGUCCGGUUUAUGUUGAAGUCGCUCCCGGAGCUCCCCAGGAGAAGAGCAACCACUCCCCGCUCAGCGACUCCCCUGAAGCCAGCCAGCUCAGAGAAAGGCUUGUGGAGGUGGAGCAGAUUCUGGCAGAGGAGAGAGGACGGAGGGAGUCUGCCGAGGAGGCCCUGCGCCUCCAUGAGGACAGGCUGAAGAGCGCCGGUGCCAGUCUGCUCAGAGAUGCUCAGAGGGACUUCAGCAUCGAGGUGGAGGCAGAGGACGAAUGGGACGCCCUCACCAUCAACCCCAACCAGCCUCUGAUCGCACAGAAGGUUACUGGCGGCGUGGUGGCCUGUCGACGCUGGAUCAGGGGGAGGAGCCUGUACUUCUCCAGACUGCUGACGAGCCGCGCCCGCUCUCGCCACUUCUUCCUGGCUUACCUGCUGAUGAUACACCUGCUGGUCCUCAUGUGCCUCACUGGUGCUUUGUAGCAGGGCGUGUGCACGUGGCGCCUGUGCACGUGGCCAGGACUGUCAGAUGGAACAUUAUGGGGGCGGGGCUCUCCUGCAGGACCCCGCCGCUCCUCCCGCCUGAAUGAAAGGAGGCCCUCGUUUCUGAAUUUCCAUUCUUUGGUUUUCAUUCCCUGAAAACGGAGCUUUCAUAUUUAUUGUUGAAUUAUUUCCAAAAAAUCUUGUGGAGACAUGGAGCCUUAAAUCGUGUUUGUCCUCCUCUUGUUGGUGGGUGAGGUGUGGCGCGUUCACCCCAGCUUUCUUGAAGACGUUGGCGAGCAGACACGAAGGCGUCACCUUCCUGCCUGAGUCUUUACGUUGCACACAAUCUAAAUGCUGACUUCAAUCUAUGCACUGAACCCUAAAGGUGUAUAUAUGAUCACCCCCCCACCUGCACCUCACUCCCUUUAAAGCAGAAACCCAAAGCUGUGUGUUCUGAUGGAAAAGCCUCCCUGUGUUUCUGCACACUUUGUAUAGAUUUCUACUCUGUACAUUUUCCUCUUGGUUGUGUUGAGUUUCUAUCAGAUCAGUCACUUUUCUUUUUCUUUUUUCAAACUGGCUAGACAGGAAGUAGAAAGUGGUUUCCAGACACCAGACCAACACUGAAAUGAAUCUAUUUAUGAGAAACACUACUGACACAAUGACAGAGUCGGUUCCGAAUCGAUGAGGCGGAUCUCAGUGCAAUACUGUCACAGGUGAAUGUCUACAUGCUUCUUCAUCUCAAACAGGGUGAAUAAAGACCGAGUCUUCAGGUUU